AUGAAUGACUGCACAAAACGAUUGCUCGGCAGUGGUGGUUAUGGAGAUGUUUAUGAACUUAUCGGUCAUAAUCCACCAGCUGUGAUCAAAUGUCUGCGCCGUCCAAACAAAAACGGACUUUCGAUUUAUUAUCGCGAGUGCAAUAUUUUAAAGAAACUCCUACAUCCAAAUAUUAUUUUUUUGAUUCGGAUCGAAGAGAACGAAAGCAGGAACGAGUUUGGAAUAGUAAUGGAAUACUGUCGACGGGGACCCCUCGAGAAAAUUAUACACGAUUCAAGUAUUGUCUACUCGAUGAAAACAGUCAUUGUAUGGGCUGUUCAACUAUUUGACGCGCUUAGAGUUAUGUUUUUCGAGUACAACGUCGUUCAUCGAGACAUCAAACCAGACAACAUCUUUGUCACCGAAUACUAUAUGCUCAAGAUUGGCGAUUUCGGCUUGAUCAAGCUAGCCAUCAAUACGGUGAAUUCGGCGACUUUUGCCGGAACUCCUCGCUACAUGAGUCCACGACACGUUGAGGAGGGGGUAGCCGAGGAAACGGAAAGGCCUUCAGAUCUACAGCAAGCUUCACACAGAAACGAUGUGUAUAGCCUUGGUCUCGUGUUGUGGGAAAUCAUCGAAAGAAAGAUCGUCUUUUCCGAAUAUGGACACAGAGAUUUCGACCGAGAGACCUUCCUUUAUGAUAUUUAUCGGAAAAAGUUGCAAAAGUUGGAGCCGCCAACCUGUCAAUCAUCCAUUCAAACAAUUGUCGAAAGAUGCACAAACUUCAAUCGAAAACAAAGGCCAAAAGCAGAUGAGGUCCUGCGUGUGUUAAAAGACAUUAAAAAGAGAACUCCUGAAAACUUGGAAUUCAUGCCGAAAGAAAACGAGGACGAGAACGAUUUCGAAGUUUUGCCACCAAUUGGUUUUGAGGCUCCGGACUGGACAGUCGAACUCGUCGAGCCGGAUGAUCCAGAAAAAAUAUUACCCAAACGACAAGAAAGCUCACAGAUUAGGGCCAAUGUCGAGGAACAAGUGUUGAUCGAGCCUGUCAGAGCGGCCCAAUCAGAGCAUGAACAAGAGAUGCCGAGCACAGCCAAGAGAAGAGGACAGAAAACGUUUGCAAUUCUCGUAAUCAGCUCUGUUGUUAUUAUCUUUCUUCUGUUACUAUUAGCCGUCUUGAGUUAUCUUCAUUUCACGGAUUUUUUUCAUGAAAGACAAAUGGUCGCUCAAGAAGUCUAUAAUACAACACUUGGCAAUGAGACACUUGAGGAAACUUUUGUUGUAAAGCAUGAAAAGAAGUCAAUGGAUUGGGAAAUAGUGCUGCCACACGUCAAAGAACCCGUUAAAGAAGUAAAUAGCGAAGAAGUUAAUAGAAGAGAACAACUUUCAAAAGAACUCUUGAGUCUGAUCCCGAAAGAUGUUGGUGACAUCAUCAUUCGUUUGUCGACCACUGAACUAUUGACUCUAUCUUUUGAAAUCCGACUUCAAGACGUUGAUAGAAUUUUCACGAUUACAGAAAAGAAUGCUAGCAUUUCAGAGUGGCAAAUUGGGGAAAAAAGUGCUCGAGUUUUAAAACACAAAAUCGAUAAAGAGACAGCUUGGAGAAUGUUAAACAACAUUGAAACGUGCGAGUCUCUUUCACUUGAGAUGAUCUAUCACCAGUACAUGUCUCAAUCUGCAUCGACGCUGAAAUUUCUUCAAACAACCUUUCAACGUCAAGAUUUUCUACCGCUUUUGACAAGAGUAAAACAGUUAAAAAUUCAAACGAAUCUACUCGAUUUCCUCAAGUUAUUGUUAGAAAAUUUCUCGAAAAUAGUCGAGAGCAAGGCGACAUUCCAGCUCGAAUGGCUGCCAUCGGAAGCCGCUCAGUACAAAGAAACGAUGUUUACCCUACUCAAAACACAGCAGUUUCGUGAUUGUCAAAUUAUCGAAUGGGACUCGAAGAAUGAUUUUAGUCAUGAGGUUUUGCUUGGUUCUAAUGCAUUGAUGACAAUUAGAAAGUCUGGAAGUCUCGAAGAAAGUCUCGUUCUUGUCGACAAACUUUUAGAGCUCGGGCCAUCUGUUGGAAAGUUAGGCUCGCUGUCAAUGAUUCGCUGGGUGCACAGAGAGCACACCGAAAACAUCGAAAAUGCAAUGUUCACUAACUUUCAAGCGAUUCACAAUCGACUGAAGGCCUCGACGGGCGUCUCGCGAAUUGUCGGAAAUCAAGAAGAGAUCGCGCUUGUUCUCGAAUUGAGCCGGCUCCGUAUCAAAUAUGCAAACGAAUUUGGGUCGGAGGAGUUUGAUAAUGUGGAAUUCGUUCGCAAAACGAUGUCUCGUAACACGGAACUGGUGGUCAUGCUGACCAUUCAGCAAGAACAUAAUCACUUUCGAAUACAAAUUAUUGGCAACUAUCGUGAUAUU